GACUUGGUCUUAUCGCCCAAGAGUUCCAGCGGUGUAAAAUCUCGGGCAACAUAGUUAUCGCUUGCAACGUCGUGUCUCCUUUGUGCUCCCUUUAGUCGUCCUGAGCGGUACUAUGAUCGAAUAUAAUGCCUUCUACCCGGGGUACGACUUGGAUGAGAUGAACAUGGUGUUUGAUGUAGACGAUCCAGAUUUCUCAUCGGAUCUCACAAUGUCGAACAUGAAUCAUUGCGGUCUCAACAUUAGACAUUCCAAAUCAGACCCACUUCUGCAGUUGAAGGCCCAUUUUUGUUGCUCUGAUUUUGAUAACCACAACGUUCAGGAGCUGGCAUUGCUAAGCAAUUGGGAAAACUUGAGAGAUAACCAAGUAGCCUUUAGCUGGGACUCUGACUGCAUAAGUGAUACAGAUUCUGUGAAUCAAGUGUUUCAGGAGAACAACAUGCUGACUAUUGAAGGAUUACGUAAUCACUAUAACUCCUGCUUUUCGUGUGGAGUCAACUGGUAUGAAGAUCAUGUGUCACUAGACUGUCCAGAGUGUGGAGGAUAUGCAAUGCAGCGGCCUUGCCCGGAGUGCGAUGGACAGUGUGAAAGUACAUGGAGACGUGAUUUGGCUGCUUCCCACAACACCAAGCAGGCUAAGUGGGAAGGUGAAUGCAGGAAAUCCAGGACCCAGACAAACCAGAAGCUGUUCCACCAUAAUGAUAACUGUGAAGUUUUGACUAAUGCUAUGAAGAACUUGAAAACCAGUAUAUGAAUCAUUUUUUCUAAGAGGCCAGCUUAAUCAAAAACUAUCCUAUGUAAAUAAAUGAGUUCUGUAGAACUUGAAUAAUUAAUUGCCAAAUUUUCUUUGUUGAAAGUGAAAAUGGUUUUCAAUAUUCAAAAACCAGUAUACUAAAUUUAAAUCUGCUAAUAAAAAAAUGUGGCAUAGCACACUUCAGCUGAGGAAAAAAAAUAAAGCAUCAUUUUAAUCUGUCUCUCAAAAAAA